CUAGGAAAUGUUGCUACGCGGUACUCCUCAAUUGCUCGUUAAGAGUGCGGGACGUUCACGGAGCUCGCCGGGCCGCCAAGACGACUGCCGAGAGAUUGAGGAUCAAGGUUCCGAUUCCCGCUCUGAUGCCGAAACCCAGGUGUAUCACCGGCUUCCUACCACAGUGGGGUUGCUGUCAUCGUGAGUUGCAAGCACGCAAUCUGCUACUCCGCCAGUGACCACCCACCUCACCUGCCAUUUCCUCAAAACCCAGUACUCAAUGCCCGGGGUUCUGCCAACCAUGUUGCGACUCAGGUCCAAAUCCCAACAAUAUUCGACGACUUAGUACCCUCUUUCUCACCGAAGCCGAGCAGGGCAUCAUCAUUGUGCUCCGCAAACUCCUCCUCCCAGACGCACCAUCAACCAUCGGCAGCUGCAUAGCUACCGAUUGCUGAACUCCAUUAUUCCCAAUGGAAGGGCCUGACGGAAAGAGGCCUGUGAGGUCCUUUGAUCACCCCAUCGACGGUGAAGCCGCUGGCGGCAUCUUGGACCAACCUGAUGCACAGUGUGCUCAGUCGGGGCCGGGAAAGAUUGGGGUCGCCAGCGCUGUGUUCCUGAUAUUGAACAAGAUGAUCGGGACAGGGAUCUUCUCAACGCCAUCGAGCAUCUUCGCCGCAACAGGCUCUGUGGGUAUCAGCUUGCUGCUGUGGGCUGUCGCUGGUCUUCUGACUCUUUCCGGCCUCAGCGUCUAUUUGGAAUUCGGGCUCGCCAUCCCCCGGUCGGGAGGCGAGAAGAACUAUCUCGAGCGCGUUUUGAGGCGACCUCGACACUUGGCCACGAGCAUUUUCGCCGUUCAAAUCGUCCUUCUCGGUUUCUCCGCCGGCAAUUCCCUAGCUUUUGGCCGAUAUGUGCUCCUGGCUCUGGGCCACCCCAUGCCCGAUGGUUGGACUCCUCGAGCAAUUGCUGUGGCAUGCAUCAUCUUCAUUGCCGGCCUCCACGCCGCGCUUCCAAGAUGGAGCCUCAGACUUACCAACGCCCUCGGCAUUUUCAAGGUUCUGGUUCUGCUCCUGAUUAUCCUCUCUGGCUUCGUAGCCUUGGCCGGCUAUCGACUGGUUCCGGAUCCGGGCAACUUUGAUAACUUUUGGGCUGUCGAGAAGAGAGACGGCUACGGCGGAGGAGGAGCAUAUGCCUACGCCACAGCUCUCCUCCAGGUCGUCUACAGCUACAAGGGCUGGGAAAACGCCAACUACGUCAUGGGCGAGCUGAAGAAUCCCCAGCGGACGCUCAAGAUUGCAGCACCCCUUGCCGUCAGUGGGAUUACGGUUCUGUAUGUGCUCGCCAAUGUCGCAUAUUUUGCAGCCAUUCCCAAGGCUGACCUCGCCAAGUCCGAGGUCAUCGUUGCCGGCCUGUUUUUCCAGAACAUGUUUGGGGAGAGUGCUGCGGCUCGAAGUCUACCAGCGUUUGUCGCCCUCAGUAAUGUCGGCAACGUCUUGGCUGUGAGCUUCGCGCAUUCGCGUGUCAACCAAGAGUUGGCCAAGGAAGGGAUAUUGCCGUGGAGUAAGUUCUGGGCAUCCACCCACCCCUUCGGCACGCCUGCGGCUUCGCUCUUCCUUCAUUGGGUCGUUACCGUCAUCGUCCUCAUCGCCCCUCCGCCAGGUCCGGCAUACAAUUUCGUUGUCAACUUAUACACGUACCCGGGUGCUUGGAUCAACGCAUUGGUCGCCGGUGGACUCAUUUAUCUACGUCUCACCAAGUCGGAAAAUUGGUCAUCUCCCUGGCAAUCUUACCUCCCUGUCUCCGUCAUCUAUCUGCUCCUCAACGUCUUCCUCGUCGUCACGCCUUUUGUUCCGCCAAACAGCGACUGGAAUGCGGAUGGGUACCCGUACUACGCAUUUCCGCUGGUUGGCACCGGCGUUUUGCUGCUUGGAGUAGUAUACUGGCUGUUGUGCGCAAAAGUCUGGCCGUGGCGGAGUGGAUACUCAGUGGUUGGGGAUUCGGGUCUUCACGUGGGCGACGGAGGGGAUGUACUGGACGGCAAAGAUUUCCUCGCCGAGCGGUUACCAGGAGCCGCGACUGAGCAGCCAUUGCUGGAACGGAGAAACAACCGCAGGUACGGUAGCGUCAGACUGUAAAUAGGUGAAGUCUGGUCAUGAGAUGACCCUGAAACAAAU